GGCGACCGCGUGGGCGCUGGGUGCGGCGACAGCUAUGAUGGUGGCGCUGCCGGCGGGUGCGGCAGACGUGGCGUGGGUGGGUCCGACAAAGGCAGUGCUGUCGCCCCUCUUCGCCGUGUACACGCUCCUCUUCCUCUUCCGCACCGUCCUCUCCUGGUUCCCAAAGUACAACCUCAACGCCUUCCCGUACAACGUCGCCGCCUGGCCGACGGAGCCGCUGCUGCGAGCCACGCGCCGCCUCAUCCCGCCCGUCGCCGGCGUCGACAUCACCCCGAUCGUGUGGGUGGCUGUGAUCUCCUUCUUCUCAGAGGCGCGCUCCCUUGCACUCUCCAACCGCCGCCCCUCACUCUCCCGCCACCCUCUGAGAGAGGUCCCCACCCCGACCACCGCUCGUGCUCGCCGCCACCUCGCCUCAUCACCUACCCGGCUGGCUGCCUGCGCAGAUCCUGCUCGGGCCGCAGGGCCUCCUAACGAUUGUGCAAAAGAAGGGCGGCUUCUGACGCUGACGCAUGUGGCGGUGGCGCACUCCCACCACGCAUCCUCUCCCGGCCUCGGUGCUUUCCUGUGGCUCCCUCACUCAGUGCAGACUCGGGAGUUCUGCGAUGAGCAGGCGUGCGACGUGCGACCCGAUUGA